AUGCCUCGUCGAUCGUCUCGGGCCGCUCCCGCGUCGGCGCCAGCUCCAGCUCCAGCACCAAAAAGGCGCGCGUCUGGAAGACUAUCCGCAGAAUCCAAAAAUGAUUCCAAAAGGCAAAAGUCUGAGGAGACCGCGACCAAGAAACCCGUGAAGGCCACCGCCAAGACCAGCAAAUAUUUCCAAGAUGAUGCGGAGGAAUCGGAGGAGGCCACGCCUAAGGCCGGGAGUCGCAGAACAUCGAAAAGCACAAAGGGCAGAAAAGGAAGCGCCAAAUCUCGGAAGGAUGAUUCAGGCGAAGACAGCGGAAGCGACACAGUGUCAAAAAAGAAGCAGCUGUGGAGAGAAGGAGUCACGACUGGCCUCGGGCCUGGAAAGGAAGUCUUCAUUAAGAAACCCAAGGCCAAAGAUGCAGGAAACAUCCCGUAUGAAGAUCAUACUCUGCAUCCCAAUACCCUCGAAUUUCUGGAGGCUUUGUCGGAGAACAAUGAGAGGACCUGGCUCAAAGCACACGAUGCGGACUAUCAGACUGCCAGAAAGGACUGGGAAAGCUUCGUUGUCUCUCUUUCAGAAAAAAUAUCGGACGUUGAUAGUACAAUUCCCGAAUUGCCGGCCAAGGACCUGCCUUACUUUUCAGCUGCUUGGUCUCGCACGGGUAAAAAGGGCCCUUAUGCCUCUUACUAUGUCCAUUGCCAGCCCGGGUCCUGCAUCAUCGGCGCAGGAAUGUGGCAGCCAGACGCCGACCAAUUGGCGCUUAUUCGAGAAGACAUCGAUCGCAAUUCGCACGGGCUAAAGGCCGUAUUGAACGAGAAGGAUAUGCGCCGCGAAAUAUUCAAUGGGGUGCCUGAUGAUGAAGAGGAAGCUGUGAACGCGUUUCUCGAUCAGAACAAAAAGACUGCUCUUAAGACCAAACCCAAGGUAGGUGUAUCAUUCCCCUGUGACCCGGUUGCCGGAUACGAUGUGGACAACGAAAACAUCAAAUUGCUUCGUCUACGCAAUUUCACUAUUUGCAAGUCUCUUGCCGACGAUGACUUUAGGAGCCCCGACGCACAGGCUAAAAUCGCGGCGCUCAUUGGUAUCGUUGAGCCUUUUGUUACGUAUCUCAACGGCGUCGUCAUGCCGGAUGCCGUGGACCCGGUGAACAACUCUGAAAACGAGUCUUCGGACAACUCUGCAUACUAG